AUGUUGGAUGUUCAUGGGCUGACCAGAGGCGUUGACUGUAAAUGCAAGAGCUUUCAAUUUGGGGUACUUUCAUAUAAUCUAUCUAUCUAUCUAUCUAUCUAUCUAUCUAUCUAUCUAUCUAUCUAUCUAUCUAUCUAUCUAUCAAGAAAUUUGAGAAAUUUUACAGUUGUGUCUCCCUCAAAGUUAUCUUUAACUAGAAUGCGUGUAUGCUUUCAAAAUAUGGCUCCCUUUGAGGACAUAUCUAUCUAUCUAUCUAUCUAUCUAUCUAUCUAUCUAUCUAUCCAGACAGAUCGAAACAUUCAUAUGGAUAAUUGUUUAUCUCACCACUCUUCUUUUCUUUUUAAUCUUUCUAUUCUUUCUGCUUUUCUAUGUAUUUUACUAUAUCUCAUUUUCUUCUCUUUCUUUCCUUUUCUUUUUAUAUCGUCUCUUCCUUUCGUCUCUCUGUUUAUUCUACUGUUUCUCGCUUCUCUUUUCUUCUCUUCCUUCCGUCUCUCUGUUUAUUCUACUGUUUCUCUUUUCUUCUCUUCCUUCCGUCUCUCUGUUUUACUGUUUAUCGAUUUCUUUUUUUUUUGCUUCCUUUUCUUUCUUCUCAGUAUUUAUUUUACUGUUUUUCCUUUUCUCACCAUCUACGAUUUUUUUCUUUUUAUCCAUUCUCUUAUUUUCUUCUCUUUAUUUAUUUUACUGUCUUUACUUUUUUUCUCUUCCUUCCUUUCCUUCGAUCACUUUAUUUACUGUUACUCGUUUUCUACUUUUUUGCUUCCUUUUCCUUCUUCCGUCUUUAUUUAUUUUUCUCGUUAUCUCCGCACUCUAUUUUUUCUUUCCUUUCCUUCUUUUUAA